UAAUACAUCUGAUCUGACCCUACACGUAUCACGGAAGUUAAACUUAUUUAUUCUAGCCAGGUUAUUUGAUCUAGAGUGACUAUAUAUCGGGGAUUAUCCCAGUUGUAAAUAUUUUUAGGUGCGGGCACCUUGGGGGUAAAUCGCGUAUGUAGGUAGCACGCAUGCGCAGUAAUUGACCAUUCGAUGCCGUUCAAAACCAGUUGUGUUGUGACUGUGUAUUCGAAAUACGGAAGCUAUAGGCUAAUAAUCUGUGAAGAGUCGGAACGACGGAAAUAAUUACUUCAUGUGAAUUGGAUAUAUCUUUACCCAAUAUAUUUAAGUGUGAUUUGAUGGCUGUUGCGUCGCCGAAAUGACGGACAAAAUUCAAGAGCGACAGAGACUCGCUAACAUUAUAACACAGUGGAACCAAGAUCAUUACGACUUAUUCGAAUUAAGUCAACCUAACGAGGAAUGUGAGUUUCACGGUGUGGUGAGAUUUUACUUUCAAGACGGAGCUAAUGUGGUGACAAAGUGUAUCCGCGUGGCCAGCUCGGCCACCACCCGGGAAGUGGUAGAUGUCUUGGUGGAGAAGUUUCGACCCGACAUGCGCAUGCUGACAUCAAAUAAAUAUGCUCUUCACGAGGUCCACGCUAAUGGAGAGGAGAGAAGGCUGGAGAAUUUAGAGAGAGUUUUAUGGGUCCAGCUAAACUGGGGUACAGAAGUCAGAGAGGGAAGAUUUCUACUCAAGCGAGAGGGGGACAGGACAGUGCCUCACACUAUUGACAAGGAAAAUCAGGGAGGGACAUUCAAGAGAAAGCUGUCGAAGCGAGAGAAGAAAGAACAACGGAAGAAAGAAAAGGAGAAAAAGAUCAACGAGUCGGGAAAUGCGGCAGAACAGCUGUACACAGACAUGCCAGAGACGAGGUUCACACGCAGUAUUUCGAACCCCGAGGCCGUGAUGAAGAGGCGACGUCAACAGAAGGUGGAGAAGAAGCUCCAGCAGUGUCGUGGACAGGACGGACAAGGAGGCACACUGAAGAUUUACGGAGAGAGCAUAAAGCCAGAUGUUCCGUACAAGACCCUCCUCCUGUCCACCGCUGACAAUGUUCGAUAUGUCGUCAAGGAAACCAUGGAUAAGUACGGAAUGGAUUUCACUGUCAACGACCCUGAGGAGUUUUGUCUGGUUCAGGUGUUGGUGCCACCUGGUGAGCGAGAGUAUCAUGGGGGGAAUAUCGGGGAGGAGCGGAUUAUGGAGGACCACGAGUGCCCGCUGGCCAUCGCCAUGGACUUCCCGCCCACCAAAGGAACCAUGAUGUUUCACUUUCGGAGGCGAUCAAACGAUGCGAAGAAAACAAAACACAAGAAGCUUCGAGCAGUUUCCCACGAAGAACUCCGAUCAAAGGUGGACGAAGCUCCACCACAGAAACUACCCUACCUUGUAGAACUCAAUCCAGAUGGCUCAGAUAAUCCCAAGGGAAAAGUAUACAGGCUGAACAUGAAAUUUACAGAAGUCGGAAGCGAUCCGUCCAUGUUCAUCAAGGUCCAAGGACCCAAUAUUCAGCCCCGACAUUGUGUAUUAGGUUUGGUGGAGAAGGACGGAGUUGUGACAGUGACUCCCACGAGCCCGGAGUCCGAAACACAUGUCAACAAUCAGAGGAUCUCCGAAACCACAACAUUACAGAACGGCAUGACGGUCAGAUUCGGAAAGCUGCACGUGUACCGCUUCAUUGAUCCGAAUUUUGAAGAGAAACUGAGAAAAGGGCAGAUCCCUCCAGACGGGGCCAUUCAGAAACAGAGAAUUCCGCCACAUCAGAAACCCAUGGAGACCAGCUUCGAUAGCCCUGGCCCCACCCCUUCACCCAGAGACCCCAGACAGCAGGAACCCAUGGAAACACAGAGAAGGAGUGUUCCUCAGCCCAUGGGAUCCCCUCGGAGGGAGGAGAACUCGUACCCUCCCCACAGACAGGGAAGUGAUGCUCUUCCUGCGGUUCUGGAGUUCAGAGAAGACAAGGAAGAGCAUUUCUUUGCGAACAUUAUUCUGGACUCUGCCACAGCGGGUAUCCAGUUUAAGCUGGCUCCUACCUACACUAUAUACCUAGCGGUCCGGUUCUCUCUGUCCAAUGGCUACAGGUCGGAUCUCAGUCCUCAGGACAAGGCCAUCAAAAUUACUGACCUUGUGAUCAAGAUUGCCAACUUCACACAUCAAGCCAUUCAUUCCCACAGAGACAACCCGGCAGCCCUAGCCUUCUGGAUGGCCAACUCCUCCGAGAUCCUCCACUUCUUCAAACAGGACCACGAUAUUCACCCCUUCAGCCAGGAUGCCCAGGAAAUGCUGGCCGAGUCUGUGCAGAUGGCGUUCCACCAUCUUAAUCGCUGUCUUCAGUACGACCUUCAGAGGACACUGCCAGCCUUUCUAGAUGACGGUGAUGAUGAUGAUUCUAGUGAUAAGAACAAGAUGCAGUACAACAGAGGCCGACCUUCACUUGGCGAUGUCCUUGACACUCUGACGUCAGCCAUGAACUUGCUGCGGCGUUGUCGCGUGAAUGCUGCCUUAACCAUUCAGUUGUUCUCGCAGCUUUUCCACUUUAUCAACAUGUGGCUCUUCAACAUCCUGGUCAAAGAGCAGCACCAGUUCUGUAUGCGUGUUUGGGGCGUUCGCCUGAAGCGGCGCCUGAGCAGUGUGGAGGCCUGGGCGGAGAAACAGGGACUGGAACUAGCCGCAGACUGUCACCUGUGUAGAAUUAUUCAGGCUGCUCACUUGCUUCAAGCCCCCAAGAAUAGCCCUGACUGCAUCGCAGACAUCAGCUCCACCUGCUUCAAACUGAACUCCCUGCAGCUUCGAGAGCUUCUCCAGAGAUAUAUUCCAGAGCCGGGGGAACCCCCUGUCCCCCACAGUCUCAUAGAGGGCGUGGUCAAGAUUGCAGAAAACAUGGCAGAUGAACUGAUCAAGAACGACGGUCGACAGGUGUGUUUGGAAGAAGAUGGCGACCUCCAGCUACCCUUCCUUCUCCCAGAAGACGGGUACACCUGUGAUUCUAUCAAAGGCAUUCCAAAGGGAAUCGACGAGUUUAUCGAGCCUCUGGCCAAAGCGGGCCUUUGUCGUGUGAUUCCACAACCCGGAGCCAGCGGAGACUGGACGGUGUAUAUGAGUGGGGAUGAUGGACCCAAAAUUGAUGAGGCUGUGAGAAAGGGCCCCCAGCAACACCCACAGCCGCCUAGUCACCAUGGUGAUCGACAACAACAGUUGCCAAAGGAACCAGAAAUAGCCACAGUGACCUUCAGCAAGGUCAAAGGCAGCAUGGGACUCAGUAUAGUGGAGGCCACGCCAAAGAGCGAGGGACAGAAAGUUAGUGGUAUCUAUAUCAAAUCGGUGGUUCCAGGUGGCGCUGCUGCUCUUGAUGGCAGACUACAAGCAGGGGACCAGCUAUUGGAGGUAGACGGCAAAGGACUGGUCGGCCUUUCUCAAGACAAGGCUGCUGAGUUGAUGACCAGAACUGGACAGACAGUCACACUAAAGGUCGUCAAACAAGGAGCCUUUUACCAUGGUCUAGCUACUCUGCUGAGCCAGCCCUCCCCUGUAUUGCCAAGAGCUUCACCAAAAAAACCAUCAAGCCCACAAAGUUCUAAACACCGCCCUUCAGAGGAAGGACCUCCACCCUACAACGCAGGCCCAGACAUGGACCGAACACGCCCAUUCCAGCCUGGAAUGGACCCUCGGCAGAAACAGGCCAUGCAGAGCCCCCACAAUCGAUCGUCACCAGCUCUAAAUAAGUAUAGAUCAGGAAUCCCCAAUAAGGACAUGGAGGUGAUAUAUGGACGUCAGGAUGCCUUGUGGCGCAUCAUUUUGGAAACUGAUUUGCAAGCCUUUAUAGGAAACAGGAGGCCUGACCCGGAGUCUGCUCCUGGGGCCUUCACCUACCAAAAGCCCCGCAGCAAGAGCGCCUCAAACAUGGAGGAGGAGACGAGACACAAGUUAGGGAUUGUAGAUAAAAUUGCUCCUAGACCCGUGUCUCAGUCUAGUGGCAAACCUGUCCGGAAGGACAAUCGUCAGAAGAAGAAAGAAAGUGUGGUGGAUUUGAGAGAUUUGCAGGAUGAUCUCAAAAUGUAUCGAUCUCAAGGUCAAGGUCAGGUGGGACAUCGACCACGGAGUAAAUCUGUUGGUGAGAUGCAGAGACCGAGACAGAUGCACUCUCAGCAAAAUCUCCCAAACCAUAACCACCCACAGUACUUUGGAAAUAUUCCUCCAAUGCAGCAACACAGACAGGCUUUCUUGACAAAUGAUAAUAUGAACAUUGUUCCUGCAGAGAAAACUCAAUCUCGUAGUUCAUUUCAAAACCUUAAAGCUAGACAUUAUAACAAAAUGAGAACUAGUGGAAUUCAGAGAACCCAUUCGCUGGGUGGAGUUGACCAUGACCAAAAUUAUAGUCCUGUUGCAUACACUGUGCACAGUCAGUCUGUCUCCCCAGCCACGUAUUGUCCCCAGGGUCCUGCUCCGCUAGUCCCAAAACAUGUUAGAAGUCACUCUGCCUCACAAUUACCUACUCAGUACCCCACAACAAAAUACACCCACCCACCUAGUCCCUACCACCAGGUAGUUCAAGGUCACCCACAGCAUGCAUCUCAAGGUCACCCACAGCAGGCAUCACAAGGUCACCCACAGAAGGCAUCUCAAGGUCAUGUUAGACAGGUGUCCCAACCCCAGAGCGCAAGGCAGCCUCCUCAGAAAGUGGUUCACCAUCAGAGGAGUCGGUCCAGCGACCUCUAUAUCCCCACGCGGGGAGACUUCUUUCUCGGGGAGAGUUACGAUUCAGCCCGCGGUAGUGAUUCCAUUCACAGUUACGGUGUCAUGUCACCAAUGGAAUCGUACAACAUGUUUAAGGCCUCGAUGAAGAACACAAACUCAGACAGCGGGAUUAGUGACACCAGGGAGUCGAAAACUUCGUAUGACUCGGGUGAGCCUCUGAACUCGCCCUACCCAGUGUUCUCACCUGUGAGUCCACACCUGUUGAAUAGCACAAUGAGGGACUCGUGGGAUAGGAAUUCUCUGAGUUCCUCCGCGAAUUCAACCAUGAUGGCUGGACGUGGCUCGUACUCGAGAAAUCCAAGGAAUAAAAUUCAGCAAAAAAACAGAGGUGGUCGUGACUCCUCUAUGAUGCCAGGGGGGAGAACUCUUCGUGAACAGCCCCAGCACUCUCCUCAUCGUCCUCCCCAUCACCGAGAUCCCCGGGUUGAAGAUGCCAAGUCCAAAUCCAUGGCUAACCUUCACAUGGACAAUUCGUUCGAUCACCGAGACCCGCCUCAUCACCAGCACAACAUGCGGCCUGCAGCUUCCGUCGGUGCGCUUCAGAAUGCCAAUGUUCCGUUCCAGGACUAUUACAAUCAGGGCCGCAAUGAUCCACGGGGAAACGAUUAUGAAAAUCACCCAAGCGUUGAUCCGAGAAUCCCCAGGCACCAACAGGAUCCCAUGCGUAACCACGGAUACACUGAUGUGAAUCAUAAUGUUCCUCCGGGGCAUUUAGUGAAACCACAGUUGCGUGAGAAUGUGGAACAAGGCUCUCCCUCUUCCAGGCACUCGGGGUCCAGCGGCCGUGAGGAGAGGCCACAGUCUGCUUAUUACCCUCAUCAGGUCCAGCCAGACUUUGGUCGGGAGGAGAGACCCAAGUCCAUGGAGGUGAACCUGGGUAAGAUUCAGGAGAUGCAGCAGAGGUAUGGGCACCCUCAACACUCUCCACACCAGUCUCCUCACGAGAGAAGUUUCGAUAAUGAACGGGAUCCAAAUUACAUCAACAUGAGGGCACAACAGCAACAGAUGCAGAGUGGGUACGUUAACCAAAGCGACAUACCAAGAUACACUGCCAGCAACGAAUCCAGGCAACUCAACUUCUACGAGAACACCUCUCCCAGGCAGAACGAAGCCUCGCCCGCAUUUCACCAGUUGAAGCCUGCUGAACUUGAUGGCAAGAAACCUCCACCUACCAUGCCAAAACCCUCUGUGGCUCCCAAACCAAAUGCUCCCAAAGUGACCCCCGCAGACAUUCCCAGAGUGGAUAUAGAUAACAGACAAACCCAGUCACAUUUCUUUGAGCCCAAAAUUCAACAGCAACUAGAACAAAGAUCGCCCAAAGUUCCCUCCUCCCAGGUAAGCUAUACACAGGGACGAGGAAUGCCACCACAUAGUGCUGGAUAUCAGCAUGACCCGCGGACAAACAGUCUACCUCGGGGAAAAUUCACUCCCCCCAGAGACAGCAGUUACCCUCAACAAACGCAUCAAAGCCCAGAGUUGCCUCCCCCACCCCAGGAGAUUCCCCCCGAGCUUCCUCCACCCCCAGCUCCCGAGGACCUACCAGAGGUCUUACCUCCGUUACCCCCUCCUCCAGCUAAUGAAUAUUCAUUAGAUCCACAAUAUGCAAAUUCAGCCGACCCAAGAUUUGGGCCUCCUGGUGGUUUUCAACACCAGGGUAGAUUCGGUCAUCCUCAACAGAGGGUUCAGCCACAACAACAGAGAAACAUGGGAUUCGUAGAACCACAACAGCAGCACCCUCCUCACUCGGCCACGCUGCCCAACAGAUUUCAACAGCCCAGUAAUGACUAUCAAAACAUUCUAUAUGAGAAACAAAAUAGACCAUUUGACUCUUCCAUGCAACAUCCAGCUAAUCAAAAUUUGUACGAGUCGUAUGAUCCUAAAUCGCGGUCACUGCCUCCAAUGAAAAUGGAUCCUCAGUUAUCUAAACACAGGUUGAUGACAGAGGUGAAUGAGGUCGCCCUGAGGGCACAAAAGGAUGGAGGCCCUCUUGCUUCUCCCUGGGACAGAGAGGAGCAGGAAAAACUCAACAAAAUGAGGGAGGAAGAGAUGAGUCGGUUACGUGAGAUGGAGAUAAAUGAGCUGGAAUCUCGGUCGUAUCUCAGUCCGCAGGAACAAGACAGGUUGAAGAAGUUGCGUCUGGAACAGGAGUUUCAGCGCCGAGUGCAGGAGUGUGCCAGCCGAGACGAUGACGACGAGGAUUCUGAUACCGAAAUAUCGAGCCGUACUCAGGUAGGUCGGGAAUAUUUGAUUCAAACCAUUCAAGAUGAUAUCGUGAAGGCCCACAGGAAGCUGGAGGAACUGAAUCAAAAGCAUUUGUAUGAGGAGUACGAACGAGAAAAAGAUCGCAUGCAGAGACUGGAGAGGAAGUUAGAAAUGUUCGAGAUGGAACGAGAGGAGAGACAACAAAGAUUGCAAAAGAGGCAGGAGAAAAAAUUACGGGAACAGGAAGAGUACCAGCGUAAACAGAGGGAUUUACGUGAGAAACAGCGCCAGGAUUACGAGGAGCAAAAGAGAAUUAUGAAGCUAGAGGAGGAGAAACUGAUGAAGAAGAAACAAGAGGAGGAACAGAGGAGGAAGGAAAUGGAGAGAGAAAGACUUCGAGAACUGGAGGCCCAGCGUGAGCAGGAGGAGGCGCGACUUCGAGCAGAGGCACGACAAAGACAGGAGGAGCAUCAGCGACGAGAAGUAGAAGCUCGUGAGCGCGAGCGAAGAGAGCAGGAGAAGCGGGAUCAGGAACUGCGUGUGAGAGAAGAGGCCCAGCGACUGGAAGCAUUACGACUUCAGAGCCAGCCCCCAGGGUACAACCAGCAGUAUGCUAACUUACCCGCCCACACACAGUACGGGGUACCUGCCCCCCCAAUGAGGGGAUCCUCGUACGACGUACAUGUUAUGAACAGACAGAAUGAUAGGAACCCUGAAAUGCAAAAUGGCUUCCGUAACAUGAACAAUAACAAUCCAAAUUAUAGAAAUAUGCCAGAAACUGUCGCCAAGAAAUCGGUGUCCUUUAACACGCAGUUAGAAACUCGGAACACGUAUAGCGUAGGAAGUGAGAGUGACAGAACACCUUACGCUUCACAGUCUUCAUAUCGGUCGUCCACGUCCGAUCAGAAUGACCCCCAUUCCCCAUACGGACAGCCUUCUACCCCCGAUCAUGCCCCGGACAAUGUGUUUGAUCACAGUAAUACACCCCAGCAAAAUCAUGUGUCAUAUAAAACAACAGAAAUCACACCUACAGUGGUAGGCUCACAGGAAGUGUACCGCGACCCCCGCAGUCGAAUUAUGGCCCAGAAGGAGGCUCAAGGUGGCAAUGCCUUCACCAAGAAAUCGACGUCUGAUCGAAUGUCCUUCAGAGACAAAAUGAAAUUUUUUGCUCAAGAGGCUGGUGAAAAUACCCCAAAAGAAAAACCGAAAGCAUCAAAGACACUUAGAAAUAUUGAAUCUCAACUUCAUAAUGGGAAAUGACAGUCAGACUUAAACUAGCAAUUAACCAAUUAAGUCAUUAAUGCUUUUAUCACCCGAGAUCGAGCACCGACUUCAGGUGUGGAGUCCGUCAUUGUCUGGGGUUCAUUCAUUAACUGAAUAUCAGGAUUUAUCAGCCAGGAAGUUUAACAUCAGGCUUUAUCAGCCAGGAAGUUUAACAUCAGGCUUUAUCAGCCAGGAAGUGCAGUAUGAAGUUAUCCCGGUAUCGACUUACUUUCGUGUUUUCGUUGGCAAAUUUUGAAGUAUAUUUUUGCUAUUUAAAAUAUUUUUGAUGUGAUACUACGAUAUUAUGAUGAAAUGUGCAGGAAUUUAAUAUAACUACUACUAAUUAGUUUAUGGAUUUAUGUUCAAGGCCAGCUGUAGUUGUGAAAAGGAACUUGUUAGCUGUUUUGUUUUUAACUUGCACAUGGUUUGUGUAGGUCAGUGAAUGCGUUUAAUUUUGUCAGUUGUCAAAAGAAUUGGCCUCUUUUUUUUAAUUUAAGUUUUUCCUCAUGUCUAUGAAAGCAAGCAAGGAAAAUGUCCAUUCUUCGUAAGAAUUUGAUAUGAUUAUCAGUUAGUCGAAGAAGAGAAGCCAUGGAAAUCACCAUUAACAUUCGAUAGAAAUCGAAGAACAAAACAUACAUUGCUGAUGCAUAUAAAUGUAUGAACAAUUUUAUUGUCCUUGUAAAUACGUGUUAUGUGAUGAACAUGCUGUACAGAAAUAAGAUUUUUAUAAUGAUGUAUUUCAUAGCCAGUAGGUUAGCAGAGGCAAAACUGAACAAACUUGUGAUAGAGGUCGAUACCAUGUUACAUAGCAUGCACGAUAUCAUCAGACAUAACUUGCAUGUAACGUUUCAUUAAUCUGGUUUAGCAGCUAUAAGAUUUAUCGUCUUCGUUCCAUCGCACACAUUUCCAUGGUUAUCACUUUUUAUAUUAUACAAAUGUAGUGGUUGUUGAAUUAUUUUUUUUUAAAUUUAAAAACUUAUUGAAAUUUUUACCCAUUCUAACUGUUGAUAUUAACUACAUGUAUAUUUAUGUAUACCAAUAUUCAUUCUGUAUUUUAGCUCUUUGCUCUUAGGCAGUUUCUGUCGGAAUGGUGAUGAUUUUUUUUUUACGUCCUACGCUUAGAGGAAUAAAAUUUCUGUGCGAUCUGUUAUAUUCUACAAGUGUGAUACAGAACAAGGUUGUGAGGACUUCCAAAAACAGGUGAUUUAUUUGUGCGCUUUUUUUUCCACAGAAAGGAUCCUUGUGUUGUGACAAAACUAUCUCUUUGAGAACCACAGCGGUGGGAUACGGAUAGGAUGAUGCUGAAUGCUUUUGUUAAAUUUACACAUGCUCCUGUGUUUAUCUGUCAUUCCCCUACUUCCAUUUCUUUCAUUCCAUUGUUACAAUCUGACAACAUUCCAUUUUUGUGUUUCUACUUAAAACCUUUGUCUUUUCUGUUAUCUCGAAAAAUAAACGGAGAAAUCUUGUACCAACACUACACAAACUAAUAAUGGUGUUUGUAUUUUGGAGAUUUUGAAUUUUCAAGGAGUUAAAAUUCUGGUUGGGUGAUUUUUCUAUGUCACCCAGCAUUUGUCACAUCUAGUCAGGACAUUUUCAUGUUACCAUGGUGAUAUAGCUGCUAACUUGCAUACACAUGUAUCUGAUGCAAAGCAAUAAAUUAAUUUGUAUAUUGAU